UAAAAUGUACCAUAAAUGACGACUUCCUACUGUUUGCUUCCUGUCUCUGUCUCCCCACCUCACCACAGGUAUAAAAGUGCUCACCUGCAUGCAGAUCUUUUUCACUUGAGGCACAACCCACCGAAGACAUCCAAGAUGCAAGUCAACAGCAUGACAUUCAGGGAGGGGCAGGAGUUCAAGGUCCGAGUCAGGCCCAAUAGUGGAUGCAACAGCUUUGCAAUCAACAUUGGACACAACCCUGAGAACAUAGCGCUGCACUUCAACCCUCGCUUCGACUCCAACUCCAUUGUAUGCAACCACUUAUCUGGAGGAAGCUGGGGUGAAGAGCAUCGAGAGGGAUUCUUGCCUUUUUCACGUGGAGAAGAAAGCAAGUUUUACAUCACCUUAAGCAGCGAUCAUUUUUACAUCAGACUUCCUGAUGGCAACAUGAUAAGCUUCCCCAACCGCCUGGGCGAUGUCAAGUACCAGUACUUUGAUGUGAGCGGGGACGCCAGGAUCGUUGGGAUCAAGAUCAAGUAGAGGCCAACCCCUUCUCUGACCCUUGAACAGAACAACCUGUUCUUGUUUCAGCCGUUUCUGAGCCCAGGUUUGAUUAGUCAUGUCACAAACCAACAUAGUACUCUGGUUGUAAUAAGAGUUAAAGGCCUUAAGAUGGAGCCAAAGUACAUGUUACAUCGUUGCCUUUUGUCUUGCAGCUUGUCAGUAACUGGGCGCCUUAAUAAAAACUGAAGUAAAGACAA